GGUAGAGGUCGUGGUGGAGGGAGUCCCAGCCCGGAGCCACCUCCUGUCUCCCCUGGCGCGGGGCACACAGCUGGCGCGCCUCCGGGCCGGCGCCGCUCUACUGCCCGGCCUCCCCGGCGCGGGGCCUCUCCCCUCCCCGCCUCCCCCCUCCAACCUACCCCGCCCUGGGCCUGGAGGACGUGCGCCGUGCUCGCACCACGCGGCUGGACGGGACAGGACGCGCCCGCUCCGCCCCGCCACCGAGGCCCGCGGGGGAAGGAAGUGCUGAGGCGUGUUUGUCAAGGCUUGGCGUUAUUAUUAUUUUUAAAAUAGUGAACGCAAAAUAGCAAGGACGAAUGGAAAGAACUUCAUAAACAGGAAACACACAUACACACACACACACACACACACACACACACACACACACACACACAAACAACCGUAGACCUCACGGCGCAGAACACGGGAGUUUCCCUCGUGAAGAAUCCGCGCGGAAACGCGGCUCCCGGCCAGCUGGUGUCUCUGUACACCCCAAAUGAAACGGGUGUUUACAAUCGUCCAGUUGGUGUCUGUGGACUCCCACGGUCAGAAGUUUGGCCCGCAGGGAUUGAGCGCCCAUUGUGUGCGGGCACCGCGUGAGCCCCCCCCCCCCCCGCCCCAAUAAUCACAGAGUGGCCGGCGUGGAGAGUAGAGGAAGGGUUUAGGAAGGCCUCUUGGAGAAGGUGGCAUUUCAUCGAGGUCAGUGGGAUUUGGCUCCAAGAAGGAGCUGGAAACUCCUCCAGGCAGAGGGAGCAGCGCAGUCGAGAGCCCUGAGGCACUUGGUGCCCUGCCGAGGGCACCAGAUGGGGCUACCGGGCGAGAUCUGCAGGGGGCAUUCUGGGGCUGGGAGUAGUAAUUUUCACGCCCUACGGAUCCGGAUACCUGGCCUGCAACUGCGAUGAGUGUUGACAGUCACAGUCCGGUCAAGAGCACAAUUCUACGGAUGUACACAGCCGUUUGGAGCUGAGAGAGAGCCUUCACUCGCUCAGAACUUUACCGCGAGGGGGCCCCCGCAACCACUGAAGACCCAUUUUGCAGACCAGAGAGCGUUAUUCCCGUUUCCCAGAGGAGAAAAUCAAGAAGCAGCUAGCGUCUGGCCCUCGAAAAGCGCCGAGGUGGAGCCGCGCCGCCCUCCGGCACUCCCCGGCGUGGGCGCUCGGGGCGGGUGGGGCGGGCCCUGGCCCGGGGCGAUCGGCUGUCUGGAACAGUGGGCCGGGUGCCGGUCCUGCCACGCAGCCGCAGAGGCUCAGGCCCGCGGGCGGGCGGCAGGAAGAGAGGCGACGCCCCCUGGAGCGCGGCAGGAACCCGGCCGGGCCCGCCUCCCAGCCAGCAGAGCCGCGCCGGCCCCAGCGGUGAUGAAAGCGGCGGCCGAGUCCAGGUCACGCCGAAGCCGUUGCCCUUUUAAGGGGGAGCCUUGAAACAGCGCCCGGGUUCCAUGUUUGCAUCCGCCUCGCGGGGAGGAAACUCCAUGUUGUAACAAAGUUUCCUCCGCGCCCCCUCCCUCCCCCUCCCCCUUAGAACCUGGCUCCCCUCCCCUCCGAAGCUCGCGGGGAUCCCUCCCUCCCACCCCUCCCCUCCCCCCCGCGCCCCGAUUCCGGCCCGAGCCGGGGGGGAGGCCGGGCGCCCGGGCCAGAGUCCGGCCGGAGCGGAGCGCGCCCGGCCCCAUGGACAGCUCGGCCGUCAUUACUCAGAUCACCAAGGAGGAGGCGCGGGGCCCGCUACGGGGCAAAGGUGACCAGAAGUCAGCAGCUUCUCAGAAGCCCCGGAGCCGGGGCAUCCUCCACUCGCUCUUCUGCUGCGUCUGCCGGGACGAUGGGGACGCCCUGCCCGCCCACAGUGGGGCUCCCCUGCUGGUGGAGGAGAACGGCGCUGUCCCCAAGCAGACCCCAGUCCAGUACCUGCUCCCAGAGGCCAAGGCCCAGGACGUGGACAAGAUCUGUGUGGUCAUCGACCUGGAUGAGACCCUGGUGCACAGCUCCUUCAAGCCAGUGAACAACGCCGACUUCAUCAUCCCUGUGGAGAUUGAUGGGGUGGUCCACCAGGUCUACGUGCUGAAGCGGCCCCAUGUGGAUGAGUUCCUGCAGCGAAUGGGCGAGCUCUUUGAGUGUGUGCUGUUCACCGCCAGCCUUGCCAAGUAUGCAGACCCAGUAGCUGAUCUACUGGACAAGUGGGGGGCCUUCCGGGCGCGGCUGUUUCGUGAGUCCUGCGUCUUCCACCGGGGCAAUUACGUGAAGGACCUGAGCCGGCUGGGCCGAGACCUGCGGCGGGUGCUCAUCCUAGACAACUCGCCCGCCUCCUACGUCUUCCAUCCAGACAACGCCGUACCAGUGGCUUCCUGGUUUGACAACAUGAGUGACACAGAGCUCCACGACCUCCUGCCCUUCUUCGAGCAGCUCAGCCGCGUGGAUGACGUGUACUCAGUGCUCAGGCAGCCAAGGCCCGGCAGCUAGUGAGGCGCCCCGGGGGCCAGGACCUGCCCCUGACCGGUGCCCACGCCCCUCACACGUGGACUGUUCCUUAAGAAAACCCAGCGGCUGCUGCCGCCACCUCAGCGUCAUGGGGAAGUGGGCCCUCCCCACCUGCCUGGCCAGGCUGUGAAAGGGGCAGCGGGCGAUGAGCCCCUGGGUCCCUGUGUCAGUGCCUUAGAACCUCCUCCUUCUUCUUGGGGGACCUGUGGGACCCUGCGUGCAGCUCCCCCUUUUUCUCUCUCUCUGCUGCCAUGUUUCUCUGCUGCCAAAUCGGGCCCCUUGGCUCUUUCUGGUUCUGCUUGGGGGAGGGGCAGGGUUCUUGCUGCCCCAUGCCUUGGGCCCCCAGCCUGGGAACAGUGGACACCAAGUGCCUUGCAUAGAGCCCUUUUCCCUGCCCUGUUUUCCCAGGGCCACGAUCAGGUCAGCUCUUGCCCGGAACAGUCUCCAGAUUGCUGCAGUCUAGCCUGGCAGGGGAGGAACCAGUCUCCGCACCUCCUCCCUUGGGACUGACACAGACCCCACCAAUCUCUGCCUAGGAGGGCAGGGAGGGAAGAUCUGUUACCACUUGUGAAGGGAGCAGGGUGCGUCCUACGGGACCCUGGAGUCCAGCUUCUCUAGGCUCAGCAGCAGCUGAAGGCUGCUCUCCACGCCAAGACCUGACCCCUCACAUCUGCCUUGACCACCCCAAGGCCCUGGGGCUUGACUCCCCCAGCUCCUAGUGUGGGGGCAUAGGCAAGACCCCUUUGUGGUGCCAUAUAAAUAUGUAUAUGUGUAUAUAGUUUUAGGGGAAGGGGAGAGGGAAGGGCUGGGGUAGAGAUACCCCUCCUUCACCCCUUUCCUGGACCCAUAAACUGGGGGGAGGGAGGGAAAGGAUUUUUACAUUUUUUAAACUGCUAUUUUCUGAAUGAAACAGGCUGGGCCAAGAAGUCCCAAGCCCUGUCUUCUGUCCCUCACACCCUCUUUGCUCCAAUUAUUCAUUCAAAACACAUUAUUAGCACCUUCUCUGUGCCCAGCUCUGUGCUAGGCCCACCAGCUGAGUGUGUGGGGUCCCUGCACCUAAUCAGUGCCUCCCCACCCACUCCAUACUUCACCGGUGCCUUUAGGGGAGCUGUAGGAGGUGGGACCCUUCUUGUGGGGUUUGGGGGUCUCCAGGAAGCCUGGCCAAGCUGUCUCCCCUCCCCAGUGCCAACCCAUCCCCUGUCGACCCCAGCCUCACCCCCUGCUGGCUGGGGGCAGCUCCCAGGACAUCGUGAUUUGCAGCUCUGACUUCUCUAUCUGGAACCCCUUCCCCCUAAAUGCUGAGUGUGGAGGUCAAGGCCUUGGGCUCUCCCCAAGGCCUAACGGUUAAGGGGACCCACGUACUUUAGGUUCUAAAGUGCCAAGGGGGAUGUCAAAUGGAGAUGUCAUUGCCCCCCUCCCCUCAGAACUGGGGGUGGGAGGGAGGACAAGGUUGGCCUGAAUCGGGUGACCUUCCCAUUUAAGUGCCUUCUCUGACCGAAAGCCCCACACUAUGACAAGAACUAAAGAGAACGCCAGACCCCCA